AUGGCGCCGCCGAAGACCCCGAACGACGCGAAGGGGAUGCGGAGCAUCUCGAGCUUCUUCGCGCCGCGGACGAACACGCCGAAGACGUCCGCGGCGCCGGAGUCGGCGAAGCCGAAGCCGGACGCCGCGACGUCGGAUUCGCCCGACGAGAACCGCGACGAUCGCGACGACGAGCCCCGCGCGGCGAAAGCGGCGAAGCUCGACGCGACGACCGCGCCCGGGGCGGUCGCGAGGAAGGAGACGGACGAGCGCGCGGAGGAGGAGAAGGACGAGCCGCCUCUCGCGACGAGCACGCCGGACGCGCCGUCGACCGCGACCGCGGCGGUCGCGGAGAAGCGCGCGGCGAUCGUCGAAUCCGAGCCGUCCCCGCCGAGCGCGAUGGAGAUGGACGAGGAGGAGGACGACGACGUGAAGGACGGGAGAGCGGACGUCGGGCGACGGAUCGCGGUGUUCUGGAAGAAAGAGAAGCGCUUCUACGCCGGGAAAGUCGCCGCGUUCGACGCGAAGAGAAAGAAGCAUCGCGUCCUGUACGACGACGGCGACGACGAGUGGAUCGCGAUUCAAAAGCGCCGCGUGAAGUGGGACGAAGCCGCCGCCGCGGAGGCCAAGGGCGGCGACGACGACGACGACGACGACGACGGCGACGAGAGCGACACCGCGGCGGCGGCGAGCGAUGACGACGACGACGACGACGACGACGCGUUGGGCGCGGAAGAAGGGAAGAGACGAGGCGGCCGCGUCACCGCGAGACGCGCGGCGGCGGCGGCGGCGCUGAAAAAAGUCGGCGGCGGAGGUAAAGGCGGAGGAGAAGCGUCGCGGCCGUCGCGCGCGAGCGCGAAGAGGAAAGUGGUCCUCAGCGACAGCGACGUCGACUUCGAUGGAGGAGAAGGAGACGGCGACGACGGCGGCGACGAUGAAGAGAGCGACUUCGACGUCGAAGAGGAAGAGAGCGACGACGACGACGACGACGCGAGCGACGACGACGCGAGCGAGAGCGAGUCAUACGGAGCCGAGGCGAAGAAGAAACGCGCGCCGCCGCCCGCGAAGAAGAAGACGUCCGCGGCGUCGCCGGCGAAGAGGUCCACCGCCGCCGCGCCGCCGCCGGCGACGCUCCCUCCGAUCGACGCGUCGUCGCGGAACCCGAACGCGGCCAAAUCGUUCGCGGAGCGCAUGGCGUCGGCGACGGCGACGGCGACGGCGGCGACGACGACGACGACGGACGGCGACGGCGACGGCGCGCCGAACGCCGCCGCCGCCGCGCUCGCGGGCCCGGCGCAGUACGCGGACCGCGACCGCCUUCAGUUCCCGUGGCUGCAGCCGGAGAACCGCCGCGACGCGAGCGGGAAACGCCCGAACGAACCGGGGUACGACAAGUCCACGCUGCUCCUCCCGAAAGAUUUCCCAAAGUGCAAAGACGCCAACGGCAAGCCGUUCACGGUGUCCCCCGGCCAAGCGCAGUGGUGGCGCUUCAAAGCGUCGCACUUCGACAGCGUCAUCAUGUUCAAGAUGGGCAAGUUCUACGAGCUCUUCGAGAUGGACGCACACGUCGGCGCCGCGGACUUGGGUCUGAUGUACAUGAAGGGCGAGCAGCCGCACUGCGGCUUUCCGGAGAAGAAUUACGCCGCCAACGCCGAGCGACUCGCGCGCGCGGGGCACCGCGUCGUCAUCGUCGAGCAGACGGAGACCCCCGCGCAGCUCGCGGAGAGGAAGGCUGCGGGGAAGACGAGAGAUAACGUCGUCAUGCGCGAGAAAGUCGCGGUGCUCACGCGCGGGACGCUGGUCGACCCGGAGAUGUGCGAGGCGUCCCCCGACGCGGCGUACUGCGUCGCGACGUUUGACGGAGGCGCCGUCGCGACGGGGGAGGGCGCCGAGGACGAGCGGUGGGUCGGCGUCUGCGCCGCGGACUGCGCGACCGGCCGGUUCCUCCUCGGCGCGUGGCUCGACGACGCGCACCUGUCCGGGCUUCGAACCGCGCUCGCGACAGACGCGAUCCGAGACGCCGCGCCCGACGCGCAGACGCGGUCGUGCGGGAGGGACACGUGCGCGGACGACGCGCUGGAGGCGCUGCGGGACGGCGCGUACUUCCCGACGCUCGCGGGCGGCGCGAGCGCUCCGAACGCCGGCGCGACGUGCGGCGUCAAGCUCCCGGACGUGCUCGCGACGCUCGCGACGACGGCGCCCGCGCGCGAACGCGCCGCCGGUCUCGGCGCGUUUGGCGUCAUGCACGCCUAUCUCUCGCUCGCGAUGCUCGACCGCGACUUGAUCCCUCUCGGGCGCGUCGAGGCGCUUCCGGGGCCUGGCGACGCCGUCGCCGCCGCGUGGUCGCACGGAGGGUACGUCGCCAUGGACGCCGCGGCGCUGAGCGGACUCGAGGUGCUGGAGGGCGCGGACGGCGGGUCGAGAGGGUCGCUGCUGAGCUCGCUCGAUCGAUGCGCGUCGGGGCCCGGGCGGCGGACGCUGCGGCGAUGGGUGUGCCGUCCGCUGCGGUCGCACCUCGCGGUCGAGGAGCGGCAGCGCGCGGUGCGAUGCCUUCGCGGCGUCGCCUCGGACGCGCUGCGAAGCGCGCAGGGGCGCAUGCGAAAGGCGCCGGAUCUCGAGCGCGCGGUGAGCAGGCUCGUCGGCGCCGCGGGCGGGCGAGGCCGCGACGCCGCGAACGUGAUUCUGUACGAGGACGCGGCGAAAGCGCGUCUGAACGGGUUUCUCAGAGCGCUCGAGGGGAUGCGCGCGGCGAGGGACAUCGCGCGCGACUUCGACGACGUCCGCGCGGCGAUCGCGGACGCGAACGCGCCGUCGCUGCGCGCGCUCGUGACCGAGGGCGGCGGCGGGGACGCGCCGCCGGACGCCAUCGCCGCCGUCGCGGGCGCGGCGUUGCCAGAGCUCACGGAGGCGCUCGCGCACUUCGAGCGCGCGUUCGAUUGGGACGGCGCGCGCGCGAGCGGGCGGAUCGAGCCGAAGCCCGGCGCGGACGCGGCCGUUGACGCCGCGGACGCGAGGCUCGCGGCCGCGGACGACGCGCUCGCGGAGUGGCUGUCGGACGCGCGUAAGAAAAUCGGCGGCGGGAAGAGCGAAGUCGCGUUCGUGCGCGCGAACAAAGACACGCACUUGGUCGAGGUUCCGGAUCGUCUGUCCUCGAGGGUCCCGGCGGGGUGGCAGCGGGAAGGAAAACGUAAAGGGUUCGAGCGUUUCGACUCCCCCGAGCUCGGGACGAUGCGGAAAGAGCGCGCCGCCGCGGAGGAGGCGAGAGAGGACGCGCUCGGGAAGGUUCUCUCCGGGCUCGUGUUGAAAUUUUGCGAGGAGUGGCCGCGGUGGCAGCGCGCCGCGGAAGCGAUCGCGUGCCUCGACGCGCUGUGCUCGCUCGCGCUCGCGGCGGAAGACCUCGCGGCGUGCUGCGCGCAGACGUGCACGCCGGUGUUGCUGCCGCCGCCGUCGACGGAAGACGCGAAGCCGUCGCUGAGCGCGUCGCGGCUGACCCACCCGACGGUGGGCGCGAUGAGCGGAGGGAAGGCGUUCGUUCCGAACGACACCUUCUUGGGCGGAGAAACGCCCGCAUCGCCGCCGUUCCUCUUACUCACCGGCCCGAACAUGGGCGGCAAGAGCACGCUGCUGCGACAGGUGUGUCUCGCCGCGGUCAUGGCGCACGUCGGCGCGGACGUCCCCGCGGCGUCCUUCACGAUGACCGCCGCCGACGCGAUUUACGUUCGCAUGGGCGCCAAGGACAACAUCGUCGGCGGGCAGUCCACGUUCAUGGUCGAGCUCUCGGAGACCGCGGCGAUGCUCCGCCGCGCGACGCGCAACUCCCUCGUCGCCCUGGACGAGCUCGGCAGAGGCACCGCGACGACGGACGGCGCCGCGAUCGCGCACGCGGUCGUGCGCCACCUCGUCGAUCUCGGCGCGCGGUCGCUGUUUUCGACGCACUACCACCGCCUCGCGGACGACCGAGCGGGCGACGCGCGCGUGCGGUUGGCGCACAUGGGCUGCGAAGUCUCCGGCGACCGCGGCGCGGAGCGCGUGACGUUCUUAUACGCGCUCAGAGAGGGCGCGUGCCCGAAGAGUUACGGCGUGAACGUCGCUCGGCUCGCGGGGCUCCCGGAGAGCGUCCUGAAGCUCGCCGCGGAGAAGAGCGCGGAGAUGGAGACGGAGCGACGCGGGGAGGGGCCCUCAUCGCCGCUUCCGUGCGCGGGGCUGAGCGACGCGCGGGUGAUGGAGCUCGCGAAGGCGGCGUUGCGCGCGAGGGACGACGCGGACGCGAUCGCGGCGGUGUGGAGAGACGCGAGGAGGGCGGCGGGGUUGCCCGUCCCGGAGUAG